GCUAGGGACAAAAAGAAAUAGGGUUACUUACACAGUUUAUUGAUUUUUGUUAUAAAUUAUUAUAUUUUUUAUUUAGUUUUCUGUUUUAAAAUAAAAUAAAAUUCUUCUACUAUGUCGGUUGUGUGAGUUCUUUUAAAAAAAUAUAAUUAAAAUAAAUAAGUGGAGCUAGAAAGUAUUUCUUUUCGUUGGCGUAUCGGACGACUAAAAAACCCGGUUCAAAAUUUAAACAGACGAAAAUUGUGUUGAUUAAAAGAAUAAAUAUUAAUGAAAAGAUUAAAAAUUUAAAAAAAAAAACUUACAUAUAUGUUUUAUAAAACCUGACAAAUCGUUUUUAUAAAAUUAAAAUUGGACAAACCUUCCUUAACUCCCUAAUUUUCACAAAGUGUUAUAAAAUCUAAAUAUAAAUUUAAAUAAAAUGAAAAUUAAAAUAAGAGCAUUUAAAAUAGAAAAAAAAUUACAAAUUUCAAAAUUAAAUGAUUAACUAAAAUAAAAAACCAAUAAACCAAUCGAAAUAAAAAGAACAAUCAAUACGUGCAAUGAAAUUAACGAUAAUCACUAAGAGUGUGCUAAUGAAAUGGUUGUCAGUGCUAUGUUAUAUUCCGGCAAUAUUGCCGGCAAUAAUAAUAAUACAAACAACACAAAAAAAUCUAACAACACCAGCAACAAUAACAACGGUUACGGUCUAGGAAUACCAAAAUCACCAUCAUUUCACAGUGGACUUGACUUAUUAGCUGAUGACGAUCAAUACGCUGCUGAUGAUGAUCAUCUAGAUUUACUAAAUCAAUUUAAAUUGGACAAAAAAAUUGAACAACCUGACGAACACAAUUUCGAACAAUUUAAUUACAAUAAAGAUUAUAACAACGACGACACUGAAACCGAAACUGACACUGACAAACACGACGUCGUCGUAGAGAGAAAAAUCCAAUCUCAAGACCGUCGACAUUUUAAAUUUCCAAAAGUUUUGACAUCGUCACGAUUGACAGGUAGCUUUACAAAUAUGCCAUCAUUACAACAGGAUCAGAUAACAUCAUCAUCAUCUUCAUCUUCGCCAUCAUCAAAUGCUUCAACUGCUAAUAAUAGUAAUAGUAAGAAUAAUGUUAUAAAAUCAAAUCAACACGUUAAUUUGAACUCGAAAAAUAUUGGCGGUGGAGGGGGUGGCAAUAAUGGGGAGAAUGGAAACAGUACAACUAGUUUUGGUUUGACAGCAGCUGCAACACCAUUAAACACAUCUUCUAAAAACAUAUCACCAAAUGGAGGCGGAGGCAUAAGCGGUGUGGGCGUUGGCGGUGGGUUAGUGGGUAGUGGUGGAAAUAUUGCCGGAAAUUUUCCCAAUGGCAAUGAUAGUGUUCUCUCACCACAAACCCUCCAGCAAAUAACUGGAAGUCCAGGACGUGCUCGAGAUCGAAAUUUAUUUCAUUCACCGUCAGCAGCAGCAGCUGUUUCAUUGGCAUUACUUAGAGAAGUCUCAAAUAGCGAACGAGAGGAACUUUUCAUUCAAAAAUUAAGACAAUGUUGUACACUAUUCGAUUUUUCCGAGCCAUUAAGCGAUUUAAAAUGGAAAGAAGUAAAACGUGCAGCUCUGCACGAGAUGGUCGAUUACUUGACAAAUCAAAAUGGCGUCAUCACAGCAGAAAUAUAUCCAGAAGCUAUAAAUAUGUUUGCAGUCAACCUAUUUCGAACACUACCACCAUCAUCUAAUCCGAAUGGUGCUGAAUUCGAUCCAGAAGAAGACGAGCCAACGCUGGAAUCGUCAUGGCCACAUCUUCAAUUUGUUUAUGAAUUAUUUUUACGAUUCUUAGAAUCACCAGAUUUUCAACCAAACAUCGCCAAGCGAUAUAUUGAUCAUCAGUUUGUUUUGCAGCUAUUAGAGUUGUUUGAUUCGGAGGAUCCCAGAGAAAGGGAUUUCUUAAAAACCGUACUACAUAGAAUUUACGGGAAAUUUCUAGGACUGAGAGCAUUUAUUAGGAAACAAAUAAACAAUGUAUUCUAUAGAUUCAUCUAUGAAACAGAGCACCACAAUGGUAUUGCUGAACUUUUAGAAAUUCUUGGCAGUAUUAUAAAUGGUUUUGCUUUGCCGUUAAAAGAGGAGCACAAGCAAUUUUUGUUGAAAGUUCUGCUACCAUUGCACAAGGCAAAAAGCUUAUCAGUUUAUCAUCCGCAAUUGACUUAUUGUGUGGUGCAAUUCCUCGAGAAGGAUCCAAGUCUGUCAGAGCCUGUAAUAAGGAGUCUGUUAAAAUUCUGGCCAAAAACCCAUAGUCCCAAAGAGGUGAUGUUUUUAAAUGAACUAGAAGAACUACUCGAUGUUAUUGAACCAGCUGAAUUUCAAAAAGUGAUGAUACCAUUAUUUCGACAAAUUGCCAAAUGUGUAUCGAGUCCGCAUUUUCAAGUUGCCGAACGUGCACUAUACUACUGGAAUAAUGAGUACAUUAUGUCGCUAAUAGCCGAUAACUCGCAAGUGAUCUUACCAAUAAUGUUUCCAUCAUUAAAUCGAAACUCAAAGACACAUUGGAAUAAAACUAUUCAUGGACUGAUCUAUAAUGCUUUGAAACUAUUUAUGGAAAUGAAUCAGAAAUUGUUUGAUGAGUGCAGUAAAAACUAUCGGCAAGAGAAACAAUUGGAACGGGAGCGCAUGUCACAUCGCGAGGAAUUAUGGGCUCAGGUAGAAAAUUUGGCUAAAACUAAUCCCGAGUGGCCAAAGCUUUGUGGUCAAAUGGAGAGCUUAAGCAUUUCCAGCAGUCAAAUAGAAUUUGAUCAAUUUCAGGAUAAUUGUGAUUUAACAUAUGAUAAAUUUGAACAAGAAGCUAGGCAAGAAACUAGAGAGUGAAAUAUAUAUUAUAAAAAAAAACUUAAUAUGUAGGUUAAUAUUAAAUAAUAAUUUUUAACUUAUUUGCAAGAGUAAACUAAAAUACAAUUUAUAUAAUACAAAAAUUAAAACAAAAAAAAAGAACUUAAAAAUCCCAUGAUAUCUAUGUUAAUGCGCAUAUGCAUAGUUGUUAAAAAUGCUUGAGAAUAAAAUAUUUUUUAAAAACAAAUUAGAAAUAAAUUAUUUAAUUUAAAGAUACAAGAAAAAAUAUGCCUUGUAUGAAUGAAUACCGAUUAAUAUGUAUAAACUUAAUUUAAAUAAAAAACAAUCUUGUAAAUAUUAAUUUUAAUCACAUAUCAAUAAUAGUGUUGUUUGUGUUAAUUUUACAUUUAUCUAUUUUUUUGUUUGUUUGUUAUUUAAACAUACUCACAUAUGAUUCAUUUAAAUAAACGUAUUCAUAUUUUUGGUAAAGUUAUUAUUGUGUUUUUUUUUUUUUUAUUUCGUCGUUAAAGUUAAAAAGAGUGCUGAAGUCAUUUUCUUUGAUUUUAGUUUACUCUCAUAUUGUUCUGUUUUGUUUUAAAUAACUUUGAUAAGUAAAAAAAAACAAUAAUUAAGACUAAAAUAUAAUAUUUAUGAUACAAAAUAUUAAAGUUCAAGGAAAGAAAUCUUGCAAAAUUACUUUUACACUUAAAAUUAUAUAAUAUUUAUAAAUAUAUAUACAAAUAAAAUUAAAACAAAGGAAAUUUGUUCAACAAAACUUCUACAGUGUUUUGAAUUAUUAUAUCGAAACUUAUUGAUACUAAAAAAUGAAUGCAAAUGAGUUCUCUUUUUGUUAAUCUAUAUAUUAUUACCAUAGAUAUUAGGUCAAUCUUUUAUCAGGGGAUGAUGAAGGAGAAAUAUGAGCAAAAAAACCCAGUGAUUUUAAAACCAUAGCUUGAAUCAAACAAUUUAAAAAAUUAAAUAUAUUUGUUUAUAUUUUAUAGAACUACAAAAAUAUGUAUGUUUUUUGUUUAAUUUUAAUUUUUUUUUUGAGUGAUCAUUUUAAAGAUUUCGCAGAUUUUGAAGAGAAAAUUUGUCUAUAGUUCAGUCAGUUUAGUUAUAGUCAAAUUUAAUCAAGUGUUCCGAAUCAUCUCAAAUACAAGGCUUUAUGCCUCAUGAUUUGCUUAAAUUUGUACUGUAUGUAAACGAGUAUACCACCAGUUUCAAUAACAGAUUAAUCAGUUGCCAGUUUUUUCUUUGCUUUAUUAAUUGUGAAGAAACAACAAAGUUUUUGCAAAUCAGGCUUGAUGCACUUUUUUCGAAAUAGUUAAAUGCAUUUUUAUUUAAUAAUAGUUGUUUUAAGAAAAAUGGGAUUGCAAAUUUCCAUUCAACGGAAAGUGAUAAUUUGGAAUUGGGACAUCGAUUUGUGAUUUGUACUUUUGUUUUCUUUCAAUUUCUUGUUCAUGUUUGUUUUGCAUUCAAUAACUUAUAUCAAAAAUCUUAUAAACGCACAAAUACAAAAUAAUAAAUCUUUAAAAUGGUACUCAAAAUCACAAAGAAAUAAAAAAGAGAUUGUUAUUCAAGAUUUAUCGCAUCUGAAUUAAUAGAUAUAUUGUGUUUAAAUAAAAUAAAAUUAAAAAAAGAAGAAAAUAAAACUGUAAAAUUCUAAAAAAAAUUCAUAGAAAUCAUUAUAAAGAUAAAAAAAACAGAAUAUGUAUAUUUAAUGUACCUAAGAUUACAAUUUGAUAAUAAACAUUUACACGUUUGUUAAAAUAAAUUUAAUAAAAUUAUAUAUAUAUAUAUAUAUAUAUAUAAAGAAAGUAAAAGAACAAAACAAAAAUAAACGCCGAUAAACUAUAUACUAUUUAAAAAAUAAAUACAAAACAAUUUUAGUAAUAAUACAAUUUGGUAUAAAAAUUGCUUUAAAUGUUUGUACUGAUUAAAAAAAAAAUGAUAACACAAAUCUUAUCGUAAGAAAACUAUAGAAAAUAAAAUAAUACAAAAUUCUUAUAUAAUUGCGCUUUUUUAACUGUUGUCUAUUCUCUUAUUCUUCUUACUCGUAUUUGUGUUCCCUAUUACUUAUUUUAGCGUCCAAUAAUUUGUUUUUAUUGAUUUCCUAUUCUUAUAUACAUACAUGUGUACAUCCAUUAUUCGUAAGAUAAGCUAUAACACAUCGUUGAGUUUGUAAACAGCUGCAGUUAACAAAAUAUAGUACCGCAGACCAUCAUCCACUUCAUGAAGCGGAAGAACUGAUUUGCUAUUUCAAAUAAAAUUGCCUUCUUUCAAAUCAA